CCGCAUUGUCUAUGGUGUAUAUUAUAUAUGUAUGACAUUCGUGAAGCUGUCAUUUUCCAAUGUGACAAACUUUUUCAUCUGUUGUAAUAUAAGAAAAAUUGCCAUAAAAUAAUGGAAGAAGAAAAUAAAAAUGCAAACGGUGAAGAAACCACAUCUAGCUCAAAAAUUACUAAAAAGCGUAAUAAGAAUAAGAAUAAAUUAGCCGUAGUAAACACUAAUGGGGAAAUGAAUGAUAUUAGAGCUGAUCUUAGGAUGGAAAUGUUAACUUUACGACAAAAGGCUGCGAAGACUGCGGAGGAAGCUCAAUUUAAACCCUAUCAGUUCUGGUCCACCCAGCCAGUCCCUAAAAUGGAUGAGAAAAUUAUAGUUAACGAACCAAUCGAAGCUGAGAAAGCAGUAUCAGACAUACGAGCAGAAUCUUAUAGUUUACCAGAAGGCUUUCAAUGGGAUACUUUAAAUUUAGAUGAGCCAUUGAUUUUAAAAGAAUUGUACACUUUACUCAAUGAAAAUUAUGUAGAAGAUGACGACUGUUUGUUCAGAUUUGAUUAUCAGCCAGCAUUUCUGAAGUGGGCAUUACAGCCUCCAGGUUGGCGAAAGGAAUGGCACUGUGGCGUUAGAGUAAUCAAGUCGGGUAGGCUGAUAGGUUUUAUUUCAGCCAUACCAGCAACUUUACGAAUAUAUAACCAUGUUCAAAAAAUGGUUGAAAUAAACUUCUUGUGCGUACAUAAAAAACUACGUUCAAAAAGAGUUGCACCUGUUCUUAUCAGAGAAAUAACUCGUCGUGUUAACUUGACAGGAAUGUUUCAAGCCGUAUAUACAGCUGGUGUCGUUCUUCCAAAGCCUAUUGCCACUUGCAGAUACUGGCAUCGAUCUCUAAAUCCAAAGAAACUGAUUGAUGUAAAUUUCUCUCAUUUGUCUCGUAAUAUGACAAUGCAACGUACCCUGAAACUUUUUAAAUUACCAGAUGCACCAAAAAUAGGAGGAUUUCGCAAAAUAACACAGGACGAUAUGCCGGCUGCACAUCAGCUACUUGAUAAUUAUUUAAAACAAUUUGAAUUGGUGCCAAUCUUUUCUGAAGAGGAAUUUAGGCAUUGGUUUUCUCCACAGAAUGGCAUUAUUGAUACAUUUGUAGUAGCAGAUGAUUCAGGCAAAAUAACUGAUAUGGUCAGUUAUUACUCAUUACCUUCAACCGUUAUGCACCACCCUGUACAUAGAACUGUGAAAGCUGCAUAUUCAUUUUAUAAUGUUUCUACAAAAACACCAUGGGUUGAUCUUAUGACUGAUGCAUUAAUAUCAGCCAAAAGUUUAGGAUUUGAUGUAUUUAAUGCUCUUGAUCUCAUGGAUAACAAAGCAUUCUUGGAAGCAUUAAAAUUUGGAAUAGGUGAUGGAAAUUUGCAAUAUUACCUGUAUAAUUGGAGAUGUCCAGGUAUGACAGCAAAUAAAAUUGGCUUAGUGUUACAAUGAAUUGUUGAAUAACAUUGUUUAAACUAAUUUCAAUGCAAUGCAAGUAAAAUACAAAUCUGAUGGCACAUGUGACUGAAGAGUAUUUUUACUACAAUUGUUCAUUUUCAACUUUGCA